AUGGACUAUAACGUGUCAACGGCGGCGGUCGUGCUCGACUGCGGCUCCUUUCACUCCCGCGCCGGCUUUGGCGGGGAGAAGGGGCCGCGUCUGGACGUACCGACGCUCGUCGGCUACCCGCGCCACCGCAGCAUCGCCAUGGCAGCUGGAAUGAAUGAGCAGGAGGUGGGCGAGGAGGCGCUGCUGAAGCAGGGUAUCCUGGAUGUGCAUCACCCAAUCCGCAACGGCUUCAUCAACGAUUGGGGCGAUGUGGAGAAGCUGUGGAGUCAUCUCUUCUUCAACGAGCUGCGCGUGUCGCCGGAGACGCACUGCUUCCUGCUGACGCAGCCCGUCAACACCCCUGCCGCGCAGCGUGAGCGGACGCUGGAGAUCAUGAUGGAGACCUUCCACGCGCACUCGCUUUACCUCGGCACCUCCCAGGUGCUGAGCCUGUACAGCUACGGGCUCACUACAGGACUCGUGGUGGAUAGUGGCAAGGACGUCACACACGCCGUCCCCAUCCACGAAGGCUAUGCACUGGUGCGGCACGUCACGCAGAGCCCCGUCGCCGGCGCGGCACUCACCCGGUACCUGGGCGGACUGCUUCGCGAACAGGGCUACGCUCUCGGCACGGCGACCGAGCAGGAGCUGCUGAACGGCGCCAAGGAGGACUUGUGCUACGUACAGUCCAGCGCGCACGCGCAGCGCGGGGCGCCCAGUGAUAUCUACACCCCCGCAACCGGAACCUCGCCAGGGUUGUCGCCGGCUGCCGGGAGCGCGGCCAGCCGCAGAAGCACGCAACUCACGGGAGGAGUCAAGGGCAGCGCCGAGAGCACGAGUUCAGCCACCGCAACCACGGCCGCGACAGCAAAGGAGUCCUUCAAUGGAUCCCCUGCAGAGAAACUCCUCGACGUGGACAGCGGGCUCGCACCGUCGGCCGCGAUGGGUGCCACCGAAGACUUCUUGCUCCCCGACGGGCAGCGUAUCCCGCUCACGGCGGAGCGCUACGACACGACCGAGGUGCUCUUCAACUACUCCCUGCUUUCCCUGAUGGACAGCAACGGCACGGAUAGCAGCACCUACGAGCCCCGCUGCAAGGUGCGCACCGACAUGGGCGACCUGUUCCGCCCAUCUUUUGAGAAGGGGAUUAGCUGGCUGCCGUUCGCGGCCGUCAACAACUGCGAGGCGGCGCUGCGGCCGCAGCUCUACGCCAACAUGGUGCUGGCCGGCGGCUCCACCUCCUUCCCUGGACUCAAGGCCCGCCUCGAAUCCGAGGUGCGGCAGCUCUACCGGGAAAGCCACCCCAGCGAGGCGGUGGUGCCGAUCAAGGUGCGCGACAUGCCGUGCCGCACCUAUAGCACGUGGCUAGGUGGGUCCAUGCUCGCGCAGACGGCCGUCUUCCAGCACCUGGUCGUCUCCCGAAAGGAGUACGAGGAGGAGGGGUCACGUGUCAUCCAUUACAAGUCGCUCUGA